GAAAACCAACGGAUGGGAUUUAUCUCUUCCUUCCAAGAAAUUUCCACUUGACAAGUGGAUACUUUUAGUAAUGACAUGUUGUAUAUUUGCCUCCUUCCAUCCGAUAACACAUUGAUUCAAUACACAGUCCGAUACAAUCUUUGAUUAUGUCAUUUCUUGAAGGGAAAUAUUGAGCUAUUAUUUCGUAAGAUAAACACACAACUGUUGCAAAAGCCCGAGGCAGGUACAACGGUACUGUUUUGAAAGUAAAUAAUUGUCUUAUUUUUAGCUGCGAAAAUUCUGAUACCUAUGUCUAUAUGAUGUUGUACUUUAUCCAACGUUAUUAAGCAAUGUCUGCUCCUUGUUCGAUUAUAGAUUCGGUAGAAGGAUUAAUGGUUAAUUAUAGUACAAAUGAACAGCAUAACAGAAUUUAGAAUACGCCCAAGAACCAAGGAUGCAAAUUUCUUGUACAUAUAUUUUCACGAGUUUCCUAAUUUUUUUCGCUUUCCUGAAAUUUAUGAAAUAUAUAAAUAUCUAACAAGAGAUAAAAAAGUUUAGAAUGAUACUAUCAGGUACUCAACUAGCACAAUGAACAAACUGAGCAUCUUUGAAUCAGAUUCUAAAACGCUUGUUCUGUUCACUAAUGAACUGAUUGAACUAAAAGAACUAACAGACAACGACAAGAAAAUGAAUACCCCUCCUAAUAGUGUCCAUAAGGUACAGAGCACAAGAGACGGAUCCAGAGCUUGGUCAAUGUCUUGUAUAUUAAGUACUGUGCUUAUAGUGAGUGGUUGUGUCUUCUUUUGUGGCUACAGUGGCCAAGGUGGGUUUUCGGUUAAUCUCAAUUUGGCGUGUUUGAGGGACAAUUAUCAGGACAUAUUAACUAGUCAACGAAAUUUGGCUGAUCCAUUCAACACAUUCCACUCACAGUUUCAAUCCAUUCUGUCGGCAUAUGACGAGAAUUGUACUUCUUCCAAGCUUAAUAUUAGAUGUAACAUUAAUUGCCAUGUCGAAGGCAUAACUGCCUGGAAUCGCUCUGCCAGGAAGAAGAUAAACUUAUCCAAAAUGUUAUUCCCAGUUCCAGAGCUUUACCAAUGGUGCCGUCCACAAACAUUUUUGAAUUUUCAGGCCCGUCUGGUUGUUUGCCAUCUUGAAGAUAUCGACGAUGAGUUAAGUGGUGUUCUUUUUCUCCUCAAAAUAUAUGUCCUGGGAUUAUUUGGUAUUUUGACCAUUUUUAAUAUUAUUAGAGCAGCAAAAAUAACCAGUAGAUAUAUCUCUGGAAAACUAAAGAAGGAAUAUGACUUGGACUUAUAUUUGGUCCCUUGCCUCAAUGUUAUUGGUGUCAUAGUAGCGAUGAUAGAUAUAUGUGUAAGUGAAAAUAAAUUUAGAGAAAUGCAUGAUCAAAUUGCAGGACAAUUAAUUAAUGGUAGUAUUGGUACUACAAUUGUGAAGAGCCAAGUUUGGUAUUGGGGGUACAUUGGUUCGUUUUGCGGUACGAUUAUUACGCUGAUAAUUCUGGCUAUACUUUGUCGUAGAUGGAAGACGAAAACUAACUUUAAGUAGUAUAGGUUUCUUCCAAUUGUUUUGUGUUUCAACUAACCAUCUCUUAUAUAUUAUGUGUGUGUGUGUGUAUUUUUUUU